UGGAAUGAUUCUGUUCAGUCAGAAGAGGAUUUGAGUGAUAAGAUCCUAGGCUGAAUUCUAACACAGCUUGCAGUCCUAUGUGAAAAGAAACAAUUUUAUGAGCUAUGGCAAGGUUUCGACAAUAGCUUGUUUGAUUCACGCAAUUGCAACAUCAUGUUCCCAGUGCUUCCUUAUGGCUAUCGAGCGAAAGCAACUCGGUAAAUUAGGCGUUAAUGAUGCGACCCCUCCGUCAGUAUUGAGUCUAUGGAUACCUCUAUCGCAGUUUGUUAUUAUUUUUCAUAGAAGUCUCAAACGGUCCUGCCUCAUCACCGCUAUUAUAACGGAGGAUGUCCAACCCUGAGAAAUUACUCCCAUCACGCCCCCAAUCCCCCCUGACCGCUGGGAAAACACACAGAUCCGGAGACAGCGUUCACGUCCACAGCAGCAGUGUGUCUCCGGAGGGCGGUUGGGCGGGCGGCGCAGCUCUUUACGCAGCGACACCCAGGAACAGCAGCAGCAAUCAGGGAGGAGGAGGCAGCAACACCGCGGCCAGCAGCGCAGUCCUCCGCGAUCCCUCGUCUGCUUACCCCGCGUUCUCCUCGCCGUCGCCUUCCUCUCCCUCUGGACCACCACAGAAAGGAGGCGGACCGAGUGGGGGCAGAGCGACAUUGCCUCUCCCGUACUUGCUGCGCACCAUUCACGGCUUUCCCCUCCACGGACUAUUAGGACUUCAUCCCUCCGCGUCCUGCUCGGGUUAUUUCCGUAAAAGCGGAACCGCCUUCAGCAGGAGUCCCCUACGAGGCACGCUUUUCUCUGCCGCUCUCCCCCUCCUGCGCCUGCGGUCAGACAUGGAAGAUGGUCCGCCUUCAACAAGCUGUUUCAGAAGGUUGACUGACUGUUUUCUCGGUUCAAGUCUGACGGAUGAGAAGGUGAAGGCCUACCUCUCGCUCCACCCACAGAUGCUGGAAGAGUUUGUGUCUGAGAGCGUGAGCGCCGAAACGCUGGACAAAUGGCUCAAGAGGAAGAACAGCAGCAGACCUGCAGACGACCCCGGCACAAAAGAAGUCAGCAGGCAGUACCAGGACACCAACAUGCAGGGCGUGGUGUACGAGCUCAACAGCUACAUGGAGCAGCGGCUGGACACGGGCGGAGACAACAAGCUGCUCCUCUACGAGCUGUGUAACAUCAUUAAGACAGCCACAAAAGCCGAUGGGUUUGCACUUUACUUCCUGGGAGAAUGCAACAAUAGUUUGUGUUUGUUCACCCCGACGGGGGCCAAAGAGGGGCUCCCCAGCCUCAUAUCCACCUUCCCCAUCGCAUUCGGUACCACCAUCGCCGCCCACGUCGCCAAGACGCGCAAAACAGUGCUGGUGGAAGACAUCAUGGGGGAUGAGCGCUUCCCCCUCGGCACAGGGCAGGACUCAGGGAUCCGCGUUCAUUCUGUUCUGUGUCUCCCCGUCCUCACCGCCAUCGGCGACCUCAUCGCCAUCCUGGAGCUGCGCCGGCAGUGGGGCCGCCAGCCCUUCAACCUUAGCCACCAGGAGGUUGCAACAGCUAAUUUAGCAUGGGCCUCAGUAGCCAUUCACCAAGUGCAGGUUUGCAGAGGCCUUGCCAAACAGACCGAGCUCAAUGACUUCCUCCUAGACGUGUCAAAAACGUAUUUCGACAACAUUGUGGCAAUAGAUUCUCUACUUGAACAUAUUAUGAUAUAUGCAAAAAACCUGGUGAAUGCGGACAGGUGUGCACUCUUCCAGGUGGAUCACAUAAACAAAGAACUGUACUCUGACCUAUUCGACAUUGGAGAGGAGAACGAGGGGAAACCCGUUUUUAGGAAAACCAAAGAAAUUAGGUUUUCUAUAGAGAAAGGAAUAGCCGGCCAGGUGGCACGGACGGGAGAAGUCUUAAAUAUUCCAGAUGCCUAUGCAGACCCUCGAUUCAAUAGAGAGGUGGACCUCUACACUGGCUACACCACUAGGAACAUCCUGUGCAUGCCCAUCGUGAGCCGGGGGACUGUAAUAGGUGUCGUACAGAUGGUGAACAAGCUGAACGGAAGUGCCUUCACGAAAACCGACGAGAACAACUUUAAGAUGUUUGCUGUAUUUUGUGCUCUGGCCUUACACUGUGCAAAUAUGUACCAUCGGAUCCGGCACUCGGAGUGCAUCUACAGGGUGACCAUGGAGAAGCUGUCCUACCACAGCAUCUGCACGUCCGAGGAGCUGGAGACCCUGGCAGAGCUCAACCUCCCCACGCCCAUGUACAAGGAGAUUGAACUGUUCCAUUUUGACAUCAGCCCCUUCGAGGAGUUCUGGCCUGCUGUCUUUGUCUAUAUGAUCCAUACCUCCUGUGGGCAAGCUAGCUUUGAGCUGGAGAAACUGUGUCGCUUCACCAUGUCGGUGAAGAAGAACUACCGGCGCGUGCCCUACCACAACUGGAAGCACGCGGUGACCGUGGCACACUGCAUGUACGCCAUUCUGCAGAAGGUCUCGGGCAUCUUCACGGAGCUGGAGAGGAAAGGUCUGCUAAUAGCCUGUCUGUGUCAUGACCUGGACCACCGGGGCUACAGCAACAGCUACCUGCAGAAGUUUGACCACCCGCUGGCCGCUCUCUACUCCACGUCCACCAUGGAGCAGCACCACUUCUCCCAGACCGUGUCCAUCCUGCAGCUGGAAGGGCACAAUAUUUUCUCCAACUUGACUUCCAGCGAGUACGAGCAGGUCCUGGAGAUCAUCCGCAAGGCCAUCAUCGCCACCGACCUCGCCCUCUACUUCACCAACCGCAAGCAGCUGGCUGAGCUGCACACCACGGGGGCGCUGGACUUCAACAAUCUCUCGCACAGAGACCGCGUGAUUGGUCUGAUGAUGACGGCCUGUGACCUGUGCUCUGUCACCAAACUGUGGCCCGUCACACGACUCACGGCCAACGACAUCUACGCCGAAUUCUGGGCUGAGGGUGACGAGAUGAAGAAGAUAGGAAUGCAGCCCAUUCCCAUGAUGGACAGAGACAAGAGGGACGAGAUCCCUCAGGGCCAGGUGAGCUUCUACAAUGCUGUAGCCCUCCCAUGUUACACCACACUGGCCCAACUCUUCCCAGUAGCCAAACCCCUCCUCAAGGCCUGCAGGGCUAACCUGGGCCAGUGGGAGCACAUCGUGGAGGGGGAGGAGCCUCCCGGCUGGGUCCCCGCCGACGUGGCCGACACCCCCGGGCAGGAGGAGGAGGCAGCGGCGGCGGCGGGCGAGCCCGGCCCCGUGAAGGUGGACAACUGAGCGAGCCCCGCGGAGCGUCCGGCCCCCCUCACCGGGCCCAGCCAAACCCCACCCUCCACCCCUGCCGCAGACCCCCAGACUGCACCUGCACUGCUGAGAGACAGACAAGACAGACAAACAAACAGAUAGAGAGAGAGAGAGAAAGAGAGAGAGAAUAAGAGAGAACACUCCAUAUAUCCUGCAUGGGACCGGAGGUGUGCAAAGGAGGUCGGGCGGGGUCAUUCAAAAAGGUGAUAUUGUUUUUAAUUUCACCACGGGAGAGAGAAAGAGAAAGAGAGAGAGAGAGAGAGAGAGACGACACGGGAAAACGAAAAAAGACGACGGCGAUGAGAACACAAAAAAGACAAUAAAACUUUGAAUACGUAAAUACAUCAAAAUAAAGUUACCUUUAUUGUUAUUUACAAAUAAAUAAAGUUACCUCGCUGGGUGACGGAGGGUUGUUUUCCACCGCGGCUCCCCCACAGCACAGGCGCCUGCGCAGGCACAGACCCGCUCACCUGAAGUCCACUCCAUAUGGGAACCUGUCGUCAGACUGGACAGUGGCGGGAGUUAUUUUUCUUUUCCUUUCUUUUCUUUUCUUUUCUUUUCUUUUCUUUUUUCUUUUCUUUUCUUUUCGUUUGGUUGUUUUGCAUUUGCUUUUGCAUUUUUACUUUUGUUUGUUUUUGGUAUGGGCUUUUGUUUUCCUUUUUGUUUUUUGUUUGUUAAUGUGUUUGUUUUUGUGGUCUUAUUUAAAGGGGCCUUAAAAAGCUGAACCCAUCUUUUAUUAUGGUGCGGAAUAUAUGUAAAAUCUUGACUAAACUGUAGAGAGUUCAGAGAGCAAAAUGGUACUUCUUUCCUGCUGUGGUCAACAAGUCACACGCCAAGCUUUGGACUUUUUUUAGGUUUGUUUGCUCUUUUUUUUUUUUAAAACAGAGACGGAAGGAAUGUUUAGUGCAGAUGCAUGUGGCAAGGCCAACUCACCACACUGCUAGUGUGUCUCAAGGAAGUUUCCUGUUACGCGGAGCAAAAAUUGUUUUUUUUUUUGCAGUACUUGAAUGAAGAGAUACAGCCUAUUUUGUGUGAAGAUGGCACAAAUAAAAAAAAAUCUAUAAAGUUCUAUAAAUUUUUUUUUUCGAUUCACGGCUCAUGCUAGUGGGUUGUGAGGGGGGCAGCAUGGAUUUAAUGCUGAUCUCUGCGUGAACCUUAUGAAAGUCACAAUGUUCCACACCAAAAUCCCCUGUCCCACCUCCCCCUCCCACACACCUCAACAGCCCCCCCCCUCUUGCCCCUCGUCCCCCGAAGCCUGCGGUGUUGUAGAACCUGCUGUACAUGUUGGCUUUUGAUCAUCGUGUAAAAGACGAAGCUUUGGGGCAGUGGGCUCCAUCUUAGGACAUCCAAUGGUACAGGCACUUACUGCACUGAGCUCUGUAGAUGCUGAACAGAAGGGCACGCGCAUGCACAUAAUAUGUUCAAACACACACACACUCACACAUGCACCCACACACACCUCUCUCACACACACACAGACACACACACUUUGUCAUUGGCCUCCCAUUUGAAUGAACUGAGAGACACUCUUGCUGUGGGAGCUGUUGUCAUUUCAAUAUGGAGGGAGUAGAAGACACAGAAUAUGUUCUUUUUGUUGUUUCUUAUAAUAUUUAUUUUUCAACUAGAAUUGAUGAAAAUGCCUACAUCAGCCAUGGAAAGCCAUGUCCUGCCUUCAGUCCUGCUGUGUUUUCAAGUGUUUUGUGGGGACAUCUCUGUGGAGAGAGAAGGAGGCAGUCGAGACAAUGACCGCUAAAGAGCAUGGAGGAGAAAGCCAGACUGACCCGAGCAGAUCGCUGACCCCUGAUCGAAUCAUGACAUUCGGACGCUCACCUAGAACCUAUUCGUGACCAUUCGCCAAAAUCACGAUGUCUGAGGUCUAAAGCUUUGUGGAUGGCUAUUCACCAUUUUUGACAGCACACAUCGGUCAUUGCCUGGUCACUCUUCCUUCCGGAUGCGGCAAAACAAAGCAACGGCGAGCGUGCUAAGCGAAAUCUGCGAGGAUGCACACCGGAUCUGAACCCCGGAUCUCAACCCCCCCCCCCCCCGUGACUGGGCGUGGGAGAAGACCAGGGAUCCAAAUCACACUGUGGAACGGGACGCUGUCCGUUGUGCGAGCGGCCUGACCUGACCUGACCUCCGAGUCGCGGCCGGGGCGUUCGUGUCGGCCCUGCCAGCACAUCACAUCUGACAAAACAAUUGCUGUAAUGUUGUGACACUGCGAUUCUGCCACCCUGCCCCAACCCGAACGAACCCCCCCCCAACCCAACCCCCCCCACCCCUUCCAAAGCCACAAAGUCAGCGCAUCACUGAGCAAACGUCAUGCUCUGGAGCUGGGAGGGACUCUCCUUGGGGAGCGGAUCUUAUUGGUCAUUUAGUUUCUGAGAUGCAAGUCCGAGCUGACUAAUCACGCAGUCUGCGAAACUGUGGACAGGGCAAACGAGUGAAUGUAAUUAUUAUAAUCACAAAAUAGUUUUGGAUGUGGUCUGGUUUAUGUCUGUCUGUGUGUGUGUGUGUGUGUAUGUGUGUGUGUGUGUGUGUGUGUGUGUGUGUGUGUGUGUGUGUGUGUGUGUGUGUGUCUGUGUGUGUGUGUGUGUGUGUGUGUGUGUGUGUGUGUGUGUGUGUGUGUGCGUGUGUGUGCGUGCGUGCGUGUGUGUGCGCUUUCCUGUGUGUGUUGUGUAUGUGUGUGUUUUGGAGAGGGAUACACCUGUGGGUGUUAGUAACCUGUGUUACUUUUCAAAUCAGCUUCCAGUGUGGUAAACCUGUGAGUGUGUGUGCAUGUGCGUGCGUGCGACGUGCGUGUGUGUGUGCGUGUGUGUGUGUGUGCGGUCAUGUACACGUGUUGUAUGAAACCUGUUAGAUUUGGCAGAAGUAAGCUAUCCACUCUUAUGGUGCUAACUAUGGCAGUCAUGCACUUUCUGACUGUGUGUGCAAUGGCUUAUGACUGCCCUGCCCAACUCCCCCCCCCCCUCUCUCACACACACAUACACACGCACACACACACACACACACACACACACACACACACACACACACACACACACACACACACACACACACACACACACACACACACACACACACACACACACACACACACACACACACACACAUCCCCACCCCAAUCCAAAUUAAAGGCUUCAUAGCAUUGUACACCACCAUCAAAUCCCACUCUGUCUGAAUCAAUUUUCUCCCCAUGUCUGCACUAUGUUUAGCAACUAUUAUAAUUAUUAAUUAUUAUUAUCAUUAUUAAUUAUUAUUAUUACUAUUGUUAUUUUCUUAAUUAGAGUUCAAUUUAAAUUAACUUAUAUUUUUUAUACAAGAAAGUCAGCAUUUUUGUUUUGUACAAAGUGUACGUUAUGGAAAACAUAAUGGUUAUCUGAAACCAUUGCAUAAUGUUGCCCAAGAAUAAUGAGGAAUGUCUCAAUGAUAAAUGUAAGAACAGUAAUUACUUUUAUUAAAUAUUUCUGAAAAUC